AUGGCGAAUUAUGCCCAACAAAUGAACCCAGGUGCCACGUUGGCCUAUGGUUCAGAUCCAAAUUACUAUACCAACUAUGGCGCUCAAGCUCAAGCUCCGGCUCAUAAUGGAUAUCCAGGUUAUGCUCCUCCUCCUCCUCCUCCUCCAUCUUAUGGAUACUAUAACCCUAACCAUCCAUCGCAGGGCGGUUCGGCUCCGCCUGCUCAAGCCCCGUUUGGCUAUUACCCUCCACCUCAGUCGUACAACAAUGGAUACGCUGACCCUCGAUUCUAUCAGGAGCCUGUUCGACGUUCUGCUAAGCCAAGAACUCCUGCUAAGCCCAAGGCUGCAAGGAGCGGUACUAAGAACGUAUCGUACAAGGUUGCAGGGAAUCGUAUCAGUGGCAACACGGGGGACCAUAAUGGGGUUUUUAACGUUGGCAACAAGAAUUCUGGUCGCCGAGUCGAUGAUGAUGAAGAUGACGCUGAAUACUAA